AUGGAGGAGAAAUCACCCAAAAUCCCAGUGUUCAACGUGGGUGAGUACCGCAGGGAAGCCGUCCCCAGCUACAAGAACUACGAGUUCUUCCGUCACGAUAACCCCGAGGGGGUGGAGAUCCGCAGGCACUGCGCUCUGGCUGCCCUGAAGGAUGUCCGCACUUACCUGAGCUCUGAGGAGGGGCAGGUGGCGGUGUUUGAUGCCACCAACACAACAAGGGAACGGCGGGCUGUGAUCCUGCAGUUCGCCAAGGAAAACGGGUACAAGGUUCUGUUCGUUGAGUCCAUCUGUGACGACCCCACCAUCAUCGAGGAGAACAUCAAGCAAGUGAAGCUCAGCAGCCCCGACUACAAGGGCCGUGCGCAGGACGAGGCAGUGGCCGAUUUCCUGAAGCGCAUCGAGUGCUACAAGGCCACCUACGAGCCCUUGGAUGACGAGCUGGACAGCGGGCUGUCCUACAUCAAGAUCUUCGACGUGGGGCUGCGGUACCUGGCGAACCGGGUGCAGGGCCACGUGCAGAGCCGCACCGUUUAUUACCUGAUGAACAUCCACGUCACGCCCCGAGCCAUCUACCUGAGCCGCCACGGCGAGAGCCAGCUCAACCUGCUGGGACGCAUCGGGGGAGACUCGGCGCUGUCCCCUCGUGGGCGACAGUACGCCCAGGCGCUGGCCCAGUUCAUCCGCAGCCAGGACAUCCAGGAGCUGAAGGUGUGGACGAGCCACAUGAAACGCACCAUCGAGACAGCCGAGGCUCUGGGCGUGCCCUACGAGCAGUGGAAGGCCCUCAACGAGAUCGACGCCGGGGUCUGUGAGGAGAUGACCUACGAGGAGAUCCAGGAGCACUACCCCAAGGAGCUGGCACUGCGGGACCAGGACAAGUACCGCUACCGCUACCCCAAGGGAGAGUCCUAUGAGGACCUGGUGCAGCGGCUGGAGCCAGUCAUCAUGGAGCUGGAGCGGCAGGAGAACGUCCUGGUCAUCUGUCACCAGGCUGUCAUGCGCUGCCUGCUGGCCUAUUUCCUGGACAAGAGCGCGGAUGAGCUGCCCUACCUCAAGUGUCCCCUGCACACGGUGCUAAAGCUGACCCCUGUAGCCUACGGGUGUGAGGUUGAGUCCAUCUUCCUCAACAUCGAGGCAGUGAACACCCACCGGGCACGACCCCAGAAUGUCGACAUCAACCGCACCGCAGCUGAUGCCCUGAACACCGUCCCUGAGCACUUCUGA